AGAAGAGCUCACCUCUUGCCUUAUUUUGAAGGAUGUGGCGGAUGUAUAUCUCGUGUGUGCUCACUUGAUGUUGUGGAUCGCCCAGUGCCGCGUACAGCUAAGCUGAUCUAAACUUUCUUUCGGACGCUAUUCGGUGUUCAGCUGUCUAAGAUAAGAAGUUUCUGAGUGGUGGCCGUGAGCAUGGCGGACCGGGAGGAGCGCCGCUUCGCCGAGGUUCACCGGGAGUCCGUUAAACUCAUGGCCGAGAGUGCAGGCGUGGAGCUCGGCGACGAUGUGGCCGCUCUGCUGGCUGAGGACGUUUGUUACCGACUCAGGGAGGCGACGCAGAGCAGCUCUCAGUUCAUGAGACAUGCAAAGAGGAGGAAACUGACAGUGGAGGACUUCAACAGAGCUUUGCGCUGGAGCAAUGUUGAGGCCAUCUGUGGCUACGGGGCCCAGGAUGCUCUUCCCUUCCGUUCGGUGAAAGAAGGAGAGCUUUUCUUUGUUGAGGAUCGGGACAUCAACCUGGUCGAGCUGGCUCUGGCCACCAACAUUCCUAAAGGCUGCGCUGAGACCAUGGUGCGAGUGAAUGUUUCGUACCUAGAUGGUAAAGGCAACCUGGAGCCUCAGGGGACAGUUCCUACUGCAGUACAGUCUCUGUCAGAUGACCUUCUGAAGUACUACCAGCAGAUCACAAGGGCAAUCCUGGGAGAGGACCCCCAUCUCAUGAAGGUGGCUCUGCUGGACCUCCAGUCUAACUCCAAAAUCGCUGCCCUGCUGCCAUACUUUGUUUACGUCAUAAGUGGAGUGAAGUCAGUAAGCCACGACCUGGAGCAGCUCAGCAGGCUCCUGCAUAUGGUGAAGAGCCUGGUCCAGAACCCCUAUCUCUACCUGGGCUCGUAUGUGCGUAGUCUGGUCUCCAGUGUCAUGUACUGCAUCCUGGAACCACUAGCUGCCUCCAUCAACCCACUCAAUGACCACUGGACCCUUCGGGACUACGCUGCCCUGCUUCUCAGCCACAUCUUCUGGACUCAUGGUGAUCUGGUGAGCGGUCUCUACCACCAGAUCUUGCUUUCUCUGCAGAAGGUUCUAUCUGACCCAGUCAGACCGCUGUGCUCCCACUAUGGAGCUGUGGUUGGCCUUCAUGCACUGGGAUGGAAGGCUGUCGAGAGAGUACUCUUUCCACAUCUCCCUGCCUACUGGGCCAACCUCCAGGCUGUGUUGGACGACUACUCUGUCUCCAAUGCUCAGGUCAAAGCAGACGGUCACAAGGUCUAUGGAGCCAUCCUGGUGGCAGUGGAGCGCCUGCUGAAAAUGAAAGCUCUGUCUCUGUCCCAGCCAGCAGAGGGAACCUCCAAUGCACAGCCAGGCUCAGUGAUGGGUGCUAUGGGUUACAGAGUGAGCUCCCCAGGCCUCAGCCCACCUCCAGAGCCUCUGUCAGAGGCUGCCCUUGGAAUCGCCAGCCACCUCCAGGCAGGUGGGGCUGGUUGUCCCUGGGAGGAGUGGACUCCGGUCCCCCUCCCUGCCAUGUACUGUGAGCUCUACUCUUUCUUUGGUGACAGCUUGGCUGUCAGGUUCAGUACAGGACCAGGGUUUGGCAGUUACCCUCCCUGCACCCAGUCUCAGCUCAGUGACACCCGGAAGGAACCCUCCGGUCCUGCCUCCAACCCAGACACGACCCGUAAGAUGCCACAGCUGACUGCCAACCUCAACAUCAGCCCCAGGCAGGAUGGGAGUCCUCGCACUGACCCACCCCCUCCCAGCCUUGCAGCCACAGGAUCAGGAAGAUCCUUGGCACGCUCCUCCUCCAUGCAGCGCUCCAGAUCCUCCUCAUCACGUUCAGGCCAGCGUUCAGCAGGUCUGUCUCGGGAUGUUUUCCCCAAAGCGCGCUUCACCUCUCCUCAGACUGGGCCUCCAGUCUUCUCCUUUCUCAUUGGUGGGCGGCAAAUGGGUCGCCGUUGCCAAGGUCGCCGUCCCUUCCAGACCACGUUUGCCCCUACUCCACCUUUUUCUACCAUCCCUCCACGUGCCUAUGCUCACAAACUGCCCGUCAUUGGCAGGGUGGGAAAACCUGUACGGCGCUGGACGUGUUCCCAUUACUCCCUCCAUCUGCCUCUGUAGACGGCAAGGUCUUAGAAAUGGCCGUCAGGCUGCAUUAGCACACAGUGGGGUUUGACUGCUACAGACUUUUUCAAGUCCAUAUUAAUAUUGGCCCACUUAAGCUGCCAAUAAUUGGUAUUUUUUGAAGAUAUAGUUGAAAAUAGAAAGGAUGGGCUGUUUUUAUCAUGGUGUACAGUUCAAUAUAAACAUAAUCCACUGAGACAGCUACUUCAUACUGAUGUACAUUUUUUGACCAUUUCUCACUUUGGUACCCCACAAAUGGUGGUGUCAGAGUAGACAUAAGUGGAUAGUAGUGCAUGACAUUACUUCACCAACCAAUCCAGCCUGAGUCCAGCUCAGAGAGCACCCAUGUUUCCCCCAGAAAUGUGUCAGUUUUUUACCAACCAACUUUUAUGUUAUUUUGGGUUUCUCAUGAUUACUUUCUGGGCGAAAAACCUGCAAGUAGCAAACUGACUAACAUCAUAUUGGCAGCAUUUCGAGAAAAAAACCCCACAAUGCAUUGGUAAAUUUGACCAUGCAUGCAUGUAUAGCAUAAAGAAACGUGCCGCAAACAAUAAGAAUGAAACACAGAACUAGUUUUUGGAGGUAAAAGUAAUGAACAUGUUGCUGAUCACUGGUAAGAGGUGUCCACUAUAGCCGCCAGAAUCUCCAGCAAUAUCAGUGUCUUUUUUUAAAUGUUUUGUUCAUUUGCUUUUCUGAUUUGGUGUGUGUUGUCCUCUGUGAGCUUCUGUAGAUUUCCCAAAAGUACCUGCUAUCUGUUGGUGCUCUGCUCGACUGGAGAGAUGGAAAAAUAAACACAAGCAUCAGAUGCGUAUGGAGCCAUGAGGAAGCUUUGACCUUCCUCUCAUUAUUAGUUAAAACUAACCAAAGUGCCAUAUUUUUGGUACGGUUUUUGGUACAUUUAAUGCGAUUUAUAAGAUUUGAUGAAUCAUUAAUGCUGCCUGAAGGACUGAACAUUUGCUGAGGACAGUGUUGGAGCAUUUGCCCUGUAUUUGUAAAAAAAAAAAAAAAAAAAAGUUCUGACAUCUUGUACAUAGCUGUUUUUACAGAAUAAAUAUUUCAUGGUUGUA